GAAGCUGAGGAGGCAGGAGCUACGGUAGGUGCCGUCCGUUUCCGUCGCUCUCCGUCAACGCCUCUAUCGCUCGCUCUCCAUUCACCUUUACACCUGCCUUACCGUUUCGUCUCGCCACCGCCUGUCGUAGAUGCCUCCUACCUUCACCUUACGAGCCAUUCGCUCUCAAGUGAUCGCAAGCCUUUUCCUCGAGAUUCGUUUGGCGAGACGAUGGCGGACGAGGAAAGCUAGAGUAUGUACUACCACCCGUUGACUGACGCGCCUUGUUGCGCUUUGUUCCGUCGCACGGCAAUGACCGAUUCGUUAAAAGAGUCUUGAUUGGCCUCACUUCCCGCUUUAUUCAAGCAACAGGCAGCCCACUGAUCGCUCCGUUCCUGGCGCGUCCGAUCUGAUGGAUCCGACGGCGCCCAUCGCUUUCUGCGAAGCUUCAAUCCACGCCGUCGAUUCCCCUGUCGAGCCCUGCGUAGCGGAACCUGCAACACCUGCAAAGACUGGCUUCCCUCAUCAGCCUUCUGCUGCUGUCUCCGACACAGAGCCCCCUAGUGAAGCAAUAGCGACUAGUUUUACGCAGUCCCCUACAGAUCCCCCUGCAGAGCCCCUGACAGAGCCCCUGACAGAGCCCCUGACAGAGCCCCUGACAGAGCCCCUGACAGAGCCCCUGACGGAGCUUCCUACAAACCCCCCUGCAGAGUCAUCUGUAGCGGGAAUCACGGCCGUCCAACGUCCGCUUCGUUCAUCCACUUCAUUCACACCGUCUCCUGCUUCCGCUUCUUCGACCGCAUCCUCGCUGCACGCCUCCUCGAUUGUGAUCGCGUCUCCCUCCGCGUCGCUCGCCGCAUCGUCCAUACCCCCCUCCUCGUCCUCCUCGUCUACCUUCUUCUCCAAUCCCCCCUCUGCCAAUCCCUUGUCUAAUCCCUCAGCCAAUUUCUCUGCCAACCACUCCAACUCCCUUUCCGCAUGGUCCCCAUGGCAUCUCCUCCUCUCCUAUUUCGCAUCCCCACCCUCUCCCUCUCUCCCAUGCGACGACGUCCUUACAUCCGAUCGCCUGCUCGCGCCGCUCCCGCUCCCCCCUGGCACUAAGAAGAGCGUAUUCGCGCUGCGGCACCCUGUCAGCGGCGCGGUCGUCUAUGUGGUCCCCACGACCUUCCUCUCGCGCCAGUCGGAGCAGGACACGUGGCAGUUGAUCUCCGCCGUGCGGCCUGACGUGGUGGUGGCCCAGGUGUCGCUCUAUGACCGGCUGCUGCUGCUGGAAGGGGAGAUGGGGAGAUUGCCAGAUGCAAGCGCGCGGGGGAGGGGAGAGGGUAGUGAUUGCACAGGCGACGGAGAGGGAGAAAGGGAGGGAGAAGGGGGAGAAGAAGGGGGAGCAGCGGUCAGAGACGCAGCAGGUAACGAAGGAAGGGAUGAAAAAGGCCGAGAGAGAGGGGGACAGGCAAGCAGAAACAGAAGAAAGCCAGCAGCAGCAGAAUCAGCGCAACCAUCACCAGCAGCAGCAGCAGCAGCAGCAGGGCUACAACAGCAGCAGCAAGUCGAGCAGACGGCCAGAGGGCAGUUACCUUCAACGGCAGUGGGCGUGGUGGCAUGCGCAGCGCUGCAGCGCGUGGACGGCGCGAGCAUGCGGCGGUGGGGCGUGCAGCACCUGGUGGAAACCAUCUUCGGCGCGCACGUCGCCGGGCCCCUCGCUGCUGCGCGCUCCCUGUCCGCCGCCCACGGGUCCAAGCUGCUGUAUCUUGUUGAUGAGAGGGGCCCCCAUGCAGAGUGUGGCGUUCCAGAGUGUGUGGUGGUAGUGAGUGAGGGGGGGGAAGAGGGGGCGAGUGAAGAGGAGAGGAGGAGUGUGGAGCCUACUGCAAUGUCUGCUGCUGUGUCUGGUGGCCCCUCCCAUCGGAAUUCGGUGCCCAGUGCUGGUGGUGGUGGUGGUGGUGGGCAGGCAAGGGGGAGUAGCAGCAAAGAGUGCGCCUUUAGACUGUGCUUUGGUAGCUCGUACACAGAACAAGUAACGAGGAACGUUGGUGCUCACGCCGCUGCUGCUCCUCCCGCCGCUGCUGCUCCUCCUGCCCCUGCUGCUCCUCCGUAUCUUUCCUCGGCUGGUGGUGGUGGAAACGUCGCUGGAGGGGCAGCACAGCCAAGGGACGGCCAACCACCCGCACUGUUACCAUCACUAUCAUCUUCACCGUCACUAUCACCUCCACCGUCACUAUCAAGUUUAUCAUUAUCCCUCUCAGGAGCAUCAGCACCAGCAACGUCAGAUUCAGCUGCAAGUGAAGGCACUGCAGCUUCCAGCCUUCAUCCUCCCCCUCCGUCUCCUCCUCCGCCUCUGCCACUUCUGCCUGACGUUGCGAGUCGCUUCGCCCUUGUACAGUUCGGCCCUAAAGCUCUAGCGCUUCUCCCACCACCCGCCGCAACAUUCAGCACGCUUGCUGCUACAGGCACUGCCGCUACAUCCGGUGCCACAUCCCCUCAAUCAUCCAACUACGAGCCUACUGGUCAAGGCCAACCUCUUUUGCACCUAGCAGAGACAUCACCACCGGCCGCAUCAGCAGCAGCAGGAGAAGCAGCAGGGAAUGGAGAGAGGGCAGGAGGAGAGAAGGAGGUUGCGUGGGCGGACAGGGACGUGGCGAGGGGGGUGCUGGCAGUGCUGUCAACGUACGAGCAGGCGUUCCGACAGAUGCAGGGGAUGAGGGAGGCUGCUGCUGCUGCCCGGCUGCUGCUGGCUGUUGCUGUGCAGGACGAGAGUGGGGAGGCAGAGGACAGACAACAGGAGGAGGGUGAGGGGAGGGGCGAGGGAAGGGGCGAGGGAAGGGGCGAGGAGGAAAGGACGCAGGGAAAGGGUAAUGGGGGCAGGCAUGCUGCUGCUGCUGCUGCUGCUGGUUCUCCUGCUGAUGUCGAUCCUCUCAUUACUGGGGGCAGGAAGGCUGCAGAAAAAUCCUUGUCACUAGCAGACCCGUUACUGACAGAGGCUGCCAAGUACCUGUCACUGUACGGGCAUCUGGCGGACGUUAUUCGCGAGGUGGAGAUAGAGCAGGCAAAGGCAGCCCCCCUGGAUCCGUCUGCAUCUGUGGUCACGCGACUGGUUGAAGGGAAGACAGGUGGAGGGAGAGAGGGGAGAGGAAUGGGAGGAGAGGGAGGAGGGGCAGGGGGGGGAGGGGGAGAAACGGGAGGUAGUGCGGGGGAGAGUAGAAUUGAGGAGGUAGGAGGACGAGGGGAAGGGCACAGAGUGGGAGGGGAGGGAGCAGGAGAGGAGGGAGAAAGGAAAAACGAAGACGCACACAGUAACGAGGGUUCCAGCGGAGGCAGUGGUGCCUGCGGUGAUGAGAGUGGGGCCGCAGAGGAGCAGAGAGCCCGCCAGGCGUUGGGGCAUUCUCAGGGGGCUGAGGAGGGCAGGCUCAGGCGUUUCUUCAGGUGGUUUCGCGGUGACAUGGUGAAGGAGAGAGAGCUAGGUGAUGUUUCCGCUAGGAAGGAGCGAGUGGUGGAGGAGGAGGCGUCGAGUAGAUGCAGGGAUGUGGACCAUGGGGUGGGAGACGACGAAGGACCGGGAGCGGAAGGAACGAAAGGAGUGCAAGGAGCGACAGGUGCUGGUACAGAAGAGACGGCUGUCUCGGUAUCCUCGGUGUCUGCAGCGCACUCGUCUCUGGUAGGGCUGCAGCAGUUAUUAGAGCUAAGUCGGGAAGAGCAGCAGGAGGUGCUGCUGGUGCAGGCCAUCGAGAGCGAGGCGGCAGCGCUCAAGCCCGGCCAAGCCAUGGUCGUUACUCUCUCCACGUCCCUCCUCCCUCUCCUCCGCCGCUCCUGGCCCGCCAUCUCUGCUGCUGCCGCUGCUGCUGCUCCUGCUGCUCCUGCUCCUGCUCCAUCUGCCCCUGCGGCAAAGCACAGACCUAGACUGUCCUCCUCCUCUCUUGCUGAAGCCACGGCCUCAACCGUCACCGCUGCCACUGCAACUCAGUUACCCAGUAACACAGGACGUAGUGGUGCUGGUGGCGGUGGUGCUGGUGGUGGGAUUAGUGGCAAUGGGAAUGGUGGUGCCAGUGGGGCGAGGGCCAGGCAGAGCAAUGAUGCUGAUGAGCCUAGCCUAUCGUCCAAAGCUGCAGCAGGUGCUACUGAAGCAGCAGCAGCAGCAGCAGCAGCACCAGCAGCAGCAGUAGAUACUGCACAGACUUCAGAGCCAUCAGCAUCAGCAUCAGCAACAGCAACAGCAACAGCAACAGCAGGAGCAAUAAAGAAAUCAGUUUCUACUGCCCCACCUCCAGCACCACCAUCUCGCCUAUCCCCAGGCCUGUCGCCGAGCCUGCGGGCAUUGGCUAGGGAGUGCCUCAUACCUGCACAUCUCUUCGAAUCCCAUGCUGCUUCUGCUGCUGCUGGCAGAGGGUCUGUCCACCCUUUCGCUGCUCUCUCCCCUGCUACGCGUGCCCUUCACAAUACCGCCAUGAGUGGUAACGGUGGUGGCGGUGGCAGUGGCAGCGGUGGGGGUGGUGCAGCAGGGGCAGUGCAGAAAGCGCCAGCACUGGCAGCAGCAGGCGCAGGAGCAGGUGCGGCUCUAAUCCUCAUCACCUUCUCGUCCCUCUCCAAGACCCUCUCCCUCUCCGCUCUGCUCAAGCUGUUCACCUUUAAAGCCGCCUCGAUUGCAGCAGGAGGAGCCAAGGGGAAGCUCCUAUCGCUCCUAAUGCACCGGCUCGUGACAGCAGUAGGAAUGAAAGCGUCUGCAGCGGCUGUGACAGGGCCGCUAGGAGCCAAGGUGGCUCUUCUCGCAGGGAAGGUGGGCAUGCAUGGCAAGAUAGCAGCCGUAGGAAUUGGAAAGGUAGGGGCGAUGGCAGGUGGUUCUGGUACUGCUGCUGCGGCUGCUGGUGCUGGGAAGGCUGUUGCCACUGCUGCUGCUACAGGGGCUGGAAAGCUGGCAGGGUCAGCUGGGCUUGUGGCUGGAACCGGGAAGGUGGCAGGAGGGUCUGCUAUGCUAGCUACCGGUGCUGGGAAGGCAGCAGCAGCGGGGGGUGCAGUUGGUGCAGGUUCAACAGCAGCAGGGUCAUCAGUGGUGGGUGUUGGAGUGGGCAAGGUGGCUGGGACUGGGAUGGGUGCAGCAGGGGGCAAGUUGGUGGGAGCAGCAGGUAGUGCGGCAGGGAAGGCGGCAGCUGCAACAAAAGCAGCAGGUGCUGCAGCGUCCGGUGUGGGAAAAGCAGUGGUGGGUGUUGGAGGGAAGGCGGCAGGUGCAGGUGCAGGUGCAGGGAAGGUAGCUGGUGCAGCUGGUGGGAAGGCAGCAGGAGCAGUCGGAGGAAAAGUGGCAGGAGGUGUUGUGGGUGGAGGCAAGGCAGCAGGAGGGUCUGUGGCUUCUGUGGCGGGUGCCACGGGGUCCGGUAAGGCUACUGGCGCUGCUGUUACUGCUCCUGCUGCUGCCUCUGCCGUUCCUGCUGCUGCGUCUGCUGCAGCUUCUGCUGCGGCGACAAGUGUUGCCACGGGUGCUGCCACAGCAACCACUGCAGCAACCACAACAGCAACGGCAGCAGCAGUGGCAUCAGCGACCAAGUCAGGCGUGGCAGCAGCAGCGGCAGCAGCAGCGAAGGUGGGGGGUUGGGCGGGCACAACAGCACAGCUGGUGGUGGACUCGGCGCACAGAGCAGCCUGGCAGCUGCUGCGAGCCGUGCUGUACAAGCAGAUGCGGGAGAGGUCCCGAGGCAAGACCCAGCCCCAGCAGCAGCAGGUGCAGGUGCAGAGUAGUGCAGUGGACGCUGGCUCUGCUGCUGUCCUGACAACAGCAGCAGCAGCAGCGGUGUCUGCUCCUCCUGUGUCUGGUGCGGAUGUUACAAGUCGAGCGGAAGCUCUUGCUGCUGUUGUAACGUCUGCGUCCUCCUCACAAGGGAGCAUCAGCUCUGGCGGCACACAGGCGCCCACAGUACCACCCACUGGGGGAGCAGUACCAGGAGGAGGAGGAGGAGGAGGAGGAGGAGGAGGAGGAGACUCAGCUAGAGCAGGGGGGCGGGUGGCCCUGUGGCUGCAGCAGCAGGGCAGGCACCUGCGGGAGAGCCUUACCAGCACUGCCACCGAAGGGGCGAACGAGCGGGCGUGGUUGACUCUCGGAGCAACGAUCGGCACUGUGGCGUUGGUGUCAGCGUACCAGGAGGAGAUCCUGUACGGGGUGGCCGUGCUGCCAGAUGCGCAGGGGAUAGCCCGUGUGGGAAGAGGGGUGAGGCGGGUGAGGGAUGUGGUAGAGGCUGUGCGGCCGCCGGAGCAUAGGCUCGACCAAUUGGGUUGUGUGGCGGAGGUGAGGGAGGUGAGGGGUGUAUGAGGUUGUGAGCGAGGCUACCUGGGAGAAAGAAGUCAGUUUGUUCCAUGCAAGUGGUGGGUUGGUGUUGUGAAAGCAGACUAAACAUAUAUUGUGAUGCCAAAUUCAUAUUCCACAAUGAACAUUAGCAUGUCACACGAAUCCCAUUGGGCUGUACACGGUUUACAA